CAGAAACCUCCACUGACAGAGAAGUGGAGAAGUCUUCGUAGGGGAGACUAACCAAAGAGGAAAACUUGGACACUUUUUUUUAGGAAAACAGUAAAAGUUUGGGAGAAAGAUCCAACAUGGCAGUUGCCAGCAUGGCCAUGCCUGGCUCCGCAGCAGGCCCCACGCUGGGUUUUGAUGACUACAGUCUCUACAGCAACCUGUCAGAUGAUGAGCUGAUGCAGCUGGCUAUCGAACGCAGCCUCAGUGAGACCCACGAUGCCACUGCACCGGGUGAAGCCAGCAACACCACCACAGCUCUAGGAAGAAGAACAGGGCAGUAUAGGGCAAAUCCACCCCCAACCAGACUGAACCCACCAAAUCCACCAAGGCAGGAAUCAAGCCAUAGGCCGCCUACUGCCAAACCAACUGACGCAGAAGAGGACACUAUUGUGAAAGCCAUCCUGAAUGGUGAUGUGACUACGUUACGAGCUAUGGCUAAAGACACCGGGAAUAACAUACUGCGGCCUGACAAGUAUGGAUGGAUCCCGCUGCACGAGGCUGCAUAUUAUGGCCAAGACCAGUGUGUCAGGGUUCUUCUUGGGGCUCAACCUGGAAUGAUUAACAAAUGCGACCUGAAAGGCCAGACUGCUCUUAUCUUGGCGGUGGGCAGGGAAAGGGUGGCCUGUGUAAAGGCACUUCUGGAGAAAGGGGCAGACCCAGAACUCGCCACAAAGGAGAGAGAGACCCCCCUCUACAAAGCUUGUGAAAAGGAGAAUGCUGAGAUUGUGGCCAUGCUUCUGAAUCACGGUGCUGUGGUGAACAAACACUGCAUCCAGGGCUGGACGGCUCUCCAGGAGGCUGUGAGCCGCAACAGUGUGGAGAUAUGUGAGAUGUUGCUCAAGGCCGGGGCUAAGCUCAGCCCAACCAACAUGUACGGUAUCACGCCCCUGUUUACUGCAGCGCAGAGUGGAUGCGUGGAAACACUUCGAUUUCUCAUUAAACACGGUGCUGAUAUCAACAGCGAGGCCAGCGAUGGGGCCACAGCUCUGUAUGAGGCGGCUAAGAAUGGCCAUGAAGACAUUGUGAAGCUUCUUCUUUCUCAGAAUGCUGAUGCCAACAAAGCGGGCAAGAAAGGACUUCUGCCACUACAUAUCGCUGCCCAACGAGGAACUGAUGGAAAAACCCUGCUGACCUAUGACUUCUACAAUUAUGACAAGUCAGUUAAUAUCGUGUCAUUGCUGAUCAAAGCCACCAGCAAGUCCAGAGUGAAUCGCAGUGGCAUCAGUCCCCUCCAUCUUGCCGCCGAGUGCAACAGGGAUGAAGUCCUGGAGGUCCUAAUCGAGGCCGGCUACGAUGUCAAUGCCAUGCUGUCAGAGGACCGCUCCAAGAUGUACGAGGAUCAUCGCAGCACAAUUCUAUACUUUGCCGUCGCCAACGGCAAUGUGGAAGCGACCACCAUGCUUCUAGAAGCCGGUGCCAACCCCAACCUAGACACCUUCAACACGCUACUGGUGGCCGUGAGGCAGGGUAGUAUCGAAUUGGUCACUUUGCUGGUGGAGCAUGGGGCCAACGUUAACGCCUACGUCCUGACUCAUCCCACCUCAUUCCCGGCCACUGUCAUGUUCAGUAUGAAGUACCUGUCCAUGCUGAAGUAUUUGAUGGACAAUGGCUGUGAUGCCCACUCCUGUUUUAGCUGCACUUACGGCAGUGGUCCACAUCCACCCAUUCAAGAGACAUCUGAGAGGGAUGACUUGCGCUACAUUAACGAUACACGCAGGAAUACUGGGAAAGCUGUUCAGUUCUGUGAGAUAAUCUCAACUCAGGCAAUAAACCGCUGGGCAGGACCCAUCAUAGACGUACUCCUGGAUUAUGUUGGUCAUGUGAAACUCUGCUCCAGACUUACUGAACACCUAGAUAGCUUUGGGGACUGGGAAGCCAUCAAGGAGAAAGCAACGCCCCCGCGUCCACUGAUGCAGCUGUGUAGGCUGAAGAUCCGGCAGCAGGUUGGACUCCACAGACUGAGGUGCAUCAACAAACUGCCCCUCCCACCACGAGUAAUCAAGUACCUUAACCACGAAGAGCGCAAACAAGAAGAGUUUUGUGCAUUCUAGAGAGUGACAUCAUAGUCAAAACAAGAGAUGACACAGGGAAUGCAGCACAAAAUUGAUUGACAUAAUCAGUGUUUAUGGUGUGAAUAUUUUUACUGAUAUUUGAGCAGUAAUGUAGAGUACAGUUACAUUUCACAAUUAAACUUUAAGAUCAGACUUAUAUAGUAAUUUAUUAAGCUCACCCAACAGGUAGACUUACCAAAGUUGGUAACAUUUUAUUUUACUGUUGUAGACAUUUCUAGGUACUUUCUAGUAAUUACUUUUAUUUAAAUUACUAGGUAUUCACAAGUACAUGGUAAAAUGGUAAUUAUAGUAAUAUCAUAUUAAUUACUUGUUUGUUUCAGUGAGACCAACUUAAGCAACAUUUUUAAACAAAUAUUGAAAUGGGUUUGUGUCAUGUUUAGAAAAUGUACAUGUUUAAGUGUACAGUAAUUUUGGGGCGUUAUAGGACCCUGUAAGGCAAGCUUUUAUGAAUUUGUGAUAUUUUUUUGCAUAAGUUCAACCUUAGUUGAGACUUCAUAAUAUUGUUAUUGAGAAUAGUCUAUUCAAUUUCUCAAUGAAAGAUAAAUAUGAAAUAAAUACACAAAUGGAUUUUUGUCAAGGUUUGGAAAGCUGCCUAUUUGAUUGCACAGUAUUUUGGGGGAAACAUUUUACUCUUUUAGGCUACCUUAUACGUACAGUUGAAGUCAGAAGUAUACAUACACCUUAGCCAAAUACAUUUACACUCAGUUUUUCACAAUUACUGAAAUUUAAUCCUAAUUAAUCAAAAUCAAAUCAAAUCAAAUGUAUUUA